AUGGGCUGUGUGUUACAGCUCAAAGAUGAGGACAGAGAGGAAGGAACGGCCCAUGCCAGGACAAAAAGCGAGGCUGCGGACCAGGCCGCUGUCUCUGCUGUGCACGACUCUGAAAUUGCCAGGGCGGUUGCCAGGGAGCUCUCCCCCAACUUCUACCAACCAGGUCCUGACUACGUGAAACAACAAUCAAAGGAGCCCGUGGAGAUUAAAGAGGUCCCUGUUGAAAAGAAGGAGAACUCCCUGAGAGAUUCUCCUCACUUCUACCGCAAAGGUACGACUCCUCCCCACUCCCCUGUGAUCAGUCCUGGAGCCUCACCUCCCCCCUCACCCCACUCCAGCAAGAAAAAGGGUCACCUCGCCAACAGCACGAGCCGCAAAACCAGCAAAGAGGAGAAACCGUCCCGCAAGACGAGCAAAGAGGAGAAGUCAAGUCUAAAGACCAGCAAGGAUGAGCGAUCUGGCAGAAAGCUGAGUAAAGAGGAGAGGCAGCCCGUCACCGAUGGCCCCAAAAAUUCUCAAGUGCACAUCGAGGCUCCACCUAAACCCGCUAAGGUUCAGCAGCCCACCCAAGCAUCUGCUCCUCCUCCACAGCCCCCAGCAAUUCCAGUCAACGGGCAGCUCCACACUGAGUACCACAGUUACUAUGUCAAGACCCCCACAAGGAUCCCUCCGCCCCCGGACCCUGAGGAGGAUGUAGAGGAAGAGCUUAGUGCCCUGGCCCUGGCACGUAUGCCCCCACAACCCCCCAAGUCCUAUAGCACCCCUACUCCUAAGCCGGCCUCCAUACGGGAGAGCAAGAGCGACCAGAAACUCAGGAAGCAGGAUUCCCAAAAGCCAAAGAGCCUCGCAGACACAAAGAAAGCCAGUAUGGAGAUCGCAGAAAACAGCGGAGAAACAGGUCCUAACUCGAUCCUUGUUGCUAUGGUAAUGCUGUUGAAUAUUGGCCUUGCAAUUAUAUUUGUCCAUUUUCUGACAUGAUGAUGCUGUUUCUCUGUAAAGCCAUGGCAACCGGUACAGUUGCAACGCCGGCCUUGAAAAGUGAAAAUGGCGCCAGUGAGACACGGGGGCGGCCGUAGGUGUUUGGGAAUCAGCGUGACACCGAAGAGAAUCAGGAGGAAGGCAGCGCUAACACCGACCUGCCAUGGGCCUUCUUCAGGGCCAGCCCCGUGAAUUAGCACUCCUUUGGCUUCUCUAAAAGCUGAGGUGAAAUGUUGUGUCUAGUGAGAUUUUUUUUAAAAAGUUAAAAAAUGCAACCAAACAUACACAGUCUGAAAAAAGAAGUAAUUGAAACCCACUCGUGUGCUGAUCCAAGCACUGGUCUCUGUGGCCCACUGCCAUGGCAGAGGUAGCGGUGGGCUGACGGACUUUGCUGGAGGAGAAGAGUGUGGAGAUGCACUUUUAGAUGACGGGAGCAAACAGCUGCCUUUCUAUUUUGCCAUCUGACGUUUUGAUGGGGAGAUGUGAGCCCGCCGACCGGAGGGGGGGGGGGCAAUGAGGACAGUCGCAGCGGGAGCGUGCUCGAGUGUUCGGAGCGUUUUCUGGGCUUCACACCACUCUUGCAACAGAAAACUGGGCACGGCCGCCGCCAGCAGUCGGUGCUAGCACGGUCACUAGCCAGUCUUACUCGGUUAACCCAAUUAUUACCGCAGCUUUCUCGAGCUCCGUCCAUUGUUACCCAGGAUACACUGCUUUGAAACACUCCCCGUGCAUGGUACAGUUUUAACAUUUGUUUGUUUUCUGUUCUAUUGUAGCUUCUUUUUUCGUUCAUCGUAGUUCUCUGAAUGUUGGUGGCCUGCAGUCAUAAUGCUUGUAGUUGAAAAUUUCUCAUCUAAGAAUGAGUGGAUAAAUUUAUUUUUCCCUUUUGUUUUUGAAAAGUUCUAGUUGUAAUUUGACAUUACACAUCCGUGUUACUGAACGUGCAAUAUGUUUUAUUAUUUCAAAGUAAAGCUACUAUAUUUUGCCUAAAACAGAGGGUUGUACUAUUAUAAAAAGAAAUGCUAUGUUCAAUUUAUUUAGUUGAACAAUUUGAAUAUGCCUGACUGGACAAAGUGUUGAUUACCAGCUGGCAUUGUGUUUAGACAGGAGGUUGAGAUUGAAGUAGCAAAUGUCUUAUGUUAUUUAUUGAAUCAGAAGGAAAAUUACUUCAUGCCAAGACCAUUUUUUGCUUGAAUUCCUUCAUUCUAUUCUUUGCUUUCGUUGUUUUAUAUAACAAUAGAUGCAUAGAUGCAUUUCACGCAGCCGCUUCUGUGGGCCCGGCAGUGCUUACACGCUGAUGAGACUGGAUCAGGGCAGUCUUGUGGAUGGUUGAAGGUGAAUUUAUUCAGGUUGAGGCCAUGGGGAAUGUGGCAGCAGGGAGAAGGAGAGAUGCCUUUGAAAAGAAAAGAAAAAAAAAAAAAAAAAGUCUUUACAGUACGACUGUUUACCUCGGAAAAAAGAUGAGGAAACACGAGGGGGAGAGAUGCCAUCCUUGUCUUAACUUUGUUGUGUUGUGGGGGGGGACACUCUGACUGUUGUCAUCACCUCCAUCAUGCUUUUUUAACUCGCUUCAUCGUAGCUGUUUAGUCUUUGUUGCGGGUAUGGCAUGAGUUUCUUUGAUUUAAAAAAAAAAGUGGUUAUUUACAUGCUUGACAUUUACUUGUCAUCACUACCAAGAUUAAUUAUUUAUUCAUUGUACAAAUGACGUGUUUGUGAACACUGGUAAUCAUAAAAAAGGGCUUUAAUAUGGCUGUGGGUUUCUUUGCUGCAGCACGGUAUAUUUUGGAGGAUGUUUCAGCCAGUUAGAUGUCUGCAAACUGUCGAUAUAUAACUACCAGAAAACUACUGAAAUCUAUACAAUAAAAGCAGACCAAGAAAACAAAUGACUGAACAUCUAAUUCUUCGCCCUUCUUUGCCCUCGUUUUUCUUUGUUUUCCACGUCUUCACACGAGCAUCGUGAGGACUGGAGUUUCAGAGGGUUUAAGAGAACAGUCUGUUUAUGGGGGGAUAUUUUUUUGAAAUGCAACAUUGCAUGUCGGAGACAUUUAUAUAUAGAUUAUUAUAUACUAUUUGUAAGGAUUUUUACAGAGCACAAUCCAGAAUCUGGUAUGAGUUGGUAUUUUUCUAACAAUUUGCACACCUGUAUUUUGACAAUGGAUAUAACUUGUUUGUAAUUGGUAACGUAAAUGCACAUAUGAUAAUGUUUGACAGUGGAAAAAAAGUACUUUUAUUUCUAAUUGGUUGUACUGUAUGUACCAUUAUGGGGAUAUGAAAGGCAGAUGUACUUGUUUGAGUAUUUGAGGACAUAACGAGGAACUGUGGGAGACUUUUGAUAUCUCAAGGUUCAUGUUACCCCACUGAUUUGUGCAAAGUCUUUGGAGAUCAAGUUAUGUGUAUAACAAUAAAGAUGUUAUGCCUUGUUAAA